CUUCUUUUUAUCGAAAAGAAUAAAAAGUAAAAAUCCAAUCUUUCAGAUUUUCUAUUGCUUCUUGUUCUCCACUUUCUCAGUCCAAACACCUAAAAUAUCCUCACAGAAUGGGAAAUUCAGGUAGCAAUAACCGUCGCUACGACCAACACCAUAAUCACCGUCAAUCACAAGCUCAAGUAAUUCAAUACGCAUUUGCUGCACCAUCUCAAUACCCAAACCCUAAUUUACCUUACAAUUACCGACCGUACCCUCCUCCACAUCCUUCUGGGUUUUAUACGCAACAUCCUGUGUAUAUUCCUCAAAAUAAUAAUAUCCAUAAUCUCCAUAAUUACCCUGGUGGAGUUGCUCCUCCGAUGGUUUCGCCGCCGGUGGAGCAUCAAAAGGCAGUUACUAUUAAGAAUGAUGUUAAUAUAAGGAAAGAUAGUAUUAGGGUGGAAGAAAAUGAUGAGAGUCCUGGGAAGUUUUUUGUUUCUUUCACUUUUGAUGCUACUGCUCCUGGAAGCAUUACAGUUGCGUUUUUUGCUAAAGAAGGUGAAGAUGGUAACCUGGUAGCAACAAAGGAACAUUUACUUCAAUCAGUCACUGUAUGUUUUGAGCAAGGUCUUGGCCAGAAGUUUAGACAGCCUUCUGAAAUCGGGAUUGAUUUCUCAAUGUUUGAAGAGACAGAGUUAAAGAAGGAAGGUGCAGAUGGGGUGUAUCCUCUCAUGGUGAAAGCUCAGGCAUGCCCAUUGAAUACUGACGGAGCAGAAUCAAAUCCAAAUGGUAAUUCUCAGAUUACGCUUGCUGUGUUUGAUAAGAAAGAGGAAGAUAAAUACCUGGUUCGAGUGAUGAAACAGAUCCUUUGGGCGAAUGGUACAAGAUAUGAGCUGCAGGAGAUUUAUGGGAUUGGAAAUUCUGUAGAAGUUGAAUCUAAUAGUAGUGAUUCUGGAAAAGAAUGUGUGAUCUGCUUAUCAGAACCACGAGAUACUACCGUCCUCCCGUGCCGACACAUGUGUAUGUGCAGCACAUGUGCCAAGGUUUUGCGGUUUCAAACAGACCGAUGUCCCAUCUGCAGGCAACCGGUUGAGCGCCUCCUGGAAAUUAAGGUCAAGGAUGGAGUUGAAGAUUGAGGAUUGUCCACCACCUCCGGAUACUGGUUUCUAAAACUCUUUAAUUUACGUCUCCCAUAUCUCACUUUUCAAUUUACUCUUUUUUUUGGUUUCUGUCUCCCCAUAAUGCAAUCUUAAUGAUUGGAAUUGCACGUAAAUAGUGUAAGCCAGUGGCUUCUUAUAAAUACACAAUUUUAUGCUCUUUUAUAA